AAAUGACCGUAACGAAAGAACGUUUGUAAUUCUUACAUAUUGUAAACUUCCGUUUAGGAAAGAGAAAAUCUCGCGGCUCACAAAACCGCGUGAUUUUGUUUCCAUUGGAUACAAUGGCGGCUUUGAAAUGAUGCUAUCUGUCAAGCUUUACUUCUAUCGCCGAAGUCGUUGUAAAUAUAAUAUUCUAUUCGCUGUGAAGUAAAAUACUUCCUUAUUUUCAAGCUAUUGAAAAUGUCUCACAGGUAUGCAUUAAUCACAAUUAUAAUCUGUGAUCUAUAUAAUACCUAUUUUAUUUCACUAAGUUAACUAAGUAGAAAGUAAGUCACUACUAAGUAAGGCUACUAAGACUAAGGUCUACUAAGUUGGCCAAGUUGCCUAGGCUAGUAGCCUAGUUAAAAUUCUAUAUAUAUUUUAUUAUUCCCAAGAUUUAGAUUAAAGUUUUACAGUAUUUUCGUGUCUAUAUCUGAAAGAGCUUGGUAAAACAGGGAAAAUAACCCCUGGACCCAAAGAGUUAAAUAAUAAAUAAAAUACAAAUAAAAAUUGAUUGUUAUUGUUAGCUAAAAAAAAAUGGAAAGAAAUUUUGUAAACAUUCCAAAUUCAUCACAAUUAAUUAGGUAACAAGUUUUUAAAAUAAAUAUGUAUUAAGCACUGUAGUUGUCACAGGUUAUAAUAUUAAAACAACUUCCAUUCUUCCACUUCAAAACAAAAAAGCUGAAAUUCUAAAUUAAAGUUAUAUUUUAUCAUUUUUACUACUUAUUACUAUUACUUUACCCAAAAAAUGUUUAUAUACACAAAAUAAAAUGAGUAAAACAGAGUAGGGUUAAACCUGAAAAAAUACACGCAACAAAACAGCGAACGUGUCGACAGAAAGCCUUCGUCAGCGAACAAAACAACAGAAAAAACGAUAUAAAAAUAAGAAAUAGCACUUAGCUGGAAAGUAGUAUCUGUGGGCAGCAAUAGACACUAUUUUAUUUUGUACUAACCUGAUUGCAGUCUCUCCCCUUAUUACCCCCUUUAUAUACAAAAGAAGGAUAAAAUCCUAAAUCAUCAAUUCAAGUCAAAGUCAUGCUACCAUAAAUAAAUUUGAUAAACUUUGAACAAAUAAAAUUGAAAAAUUUAGUGCCAAGAGCACCACAAAGUAGAUGUUAAGUCUAUGUUACUAUGUUGGUUAAAGUUAAGGGGCUACUACUUUUUGUUUCAUUGUGUCAUUAUUUAAUUUAACGGGAAACAAUUUUUUCAGCCAAAGGAUAUUUAAAAAAUGAACAACUGAUGAGUUGAAAGUAAGACGUUGAUUUAGUCAUAUUGAUACUCUUUUUUAAUUUGUCUUCUCCAUUCUAUCAGCUACUACAAUAAACAAUGGCAGGAGGCUCAAUCAGCAUUAUUCGAUUUGCUGCAGCAAGAGAACCCUCCAGAACCACCAAAACCAGAAAGGGUAAAAUAAUAUUUUAAUCUCCUUUGUUGAAUUUUUUCAAGUUAUUUGAUUAAUGAAAUAUCUAUAACAACAAGGUUAUCCUUGAGUUUUUGUAUCUGCAGUGUUAAAUGUAUUUCUUGACUUGUCUCCCCAUAGUCCCUUUAUCUGUAUCUAGACUUAUUUAGUAGCCAGAAUGCGCCCCCGGGGCUCUUGUCGGCAUGUCUGUCCUAUAAUUUGCAUGUUGAUAAAGAGGCGUUCGCCACGAACCCCCUGGAACGUUACCCGGGGGACAGUAUCACCGUGUAGGGGACCCGCGCUGAAAGGCAAAGGUAACGCACGGAGACUGCGUUAGAGCGAGCACGAUUGCAUGGCUUCCCACCAAGUGCAGUAAAAUUAUUUUACUAAACGCAGAAACAGGUUGGGACGUGAUUACAGUUGCCGUAUGGAUAUGAGGUGAAGGUGUGUGGCAACCUUUCACCGAUGAUUCUAUGUAUGCAGUCUUGAGGGUACUGCUCCCAGGCAACCUCUCUCUCUCCCAUCUACGGUGUGAAUUAGUCGCGCCGUAGAAUAACCAUACAAACCCUACAUACAACUACGCGGUCCCCCCGGGGUGGUAAGGGGGGACUUUAGAAACGUUAAAUAUCCACCCCAAACCCCUAAAAAGUCCGGCCCGGUUGCUGCGUAAGCAGCAGCCCGGCUGGCCAGGUGUUUCUUCUCUGGGGCUGCCACGCUCAGCGGCCAAUCGAGUGGAGGUCGGGCGUGGCGGUCUUAGGGGCGGAAUGUCCCUGGCGUGCCGCUUCGCGGCCCGAUCGGAAUAAAGACCACUGGGGGAGUGGUUGACGGCCGAUUUGGUUGGCGGGGUGGUGCGUUGGGGAGGACCAUAUGAGCUUCGGCUCGGUGUUCGCUGAUUUUCUUAAGUUAGUUAGUUAGUAGCCAGAAAAAUCAAUACAUUGAUUAUAAGCCAUCAGAAAGUCUACUUCUUCUUCUAUAUUUUAUUUAACUCCUCAGCCUCCUAAGUUUUGUUUUAAAGAAAAAUAAACUAGAGCAAUACAUUGUCCAUUUAAAUAAAAGGGGUUAUAUAGCAUUUUGACCCUCAUGUCAAUAUAAAGUAGCACCAAAGUUUUUAAAUUGUGCAAUUAAUAAUUAAAAUCAGUAUUAAUUUAUAGCAAUUUAAUAAUGUGUAAGAAUUAGUUGUUAUUAUCAAAUUAUCAAAAAGUUUGGGAAGGAGAGUGAAUGAUUUGAAAAAUAUUUAAAUGAGACUAUGUAUAAUAUUGAAAUAAUUAUUUGUGAUUGUUAUUGGAAACUAGCACCAUGUACUAAGCACAAGUUUUGGUAACAAAUAUUGCUAUUUUCAGUAAUAAAUAAAGAAUAAUUAAUGUUUUGACUAUUUUAGGAUCGUCUUGCAGCAUUCCAGCUACUGGCCACUAUGUACAUCAAGUACAUACAAAUAUUCAGAAGACUUGAACAGUCCUAUGAUCAGCUGGUUCAUCCACAAAAAAGACGAGUUAUGCGUCAUUGUCUUGAUGGGGUCAUGGGGCGGAUAGUGGAGCUCAAGCAUGAGAUGAUGAAUCUUGAAUUUUCUGAGUAUCAUUAUUUCGAUGAUGUUUUGUCUGACUUAAAACUCACACCCGUAAGCUGCUAUAUAUAUAUAUAACUAAUUUGAAAUUUAAAAAAAAAAAAUCAGGGUUUCUUAAACUGUAACGUGUACCUUCAGUGGUGCAUAACCUUAUUCCACUUGGUAUACAGAGUGGAAUGAAAAGAAAUAUGGUUAUCCAUUUUGAAUUACAAAAUAUGCAAAAUCAUGGUACAUUAUUUUAAACAGCUUAUUUAAGCUAGAGUGCACAGCAUGCUGUAAGUCUGAGAACCACUGAUUGAAAUAAAUUCCAUUUUUUAUAAUCCCUUUUUUAUUGAUUUGAAUGCAAUGUCUAGCUGUUUGCAUCAAAAGCCAACAUUGCUGUUUGAUUUCAGAAUGAUGUAGAGAUCCCAAUUCCUAAAUAUUUUGUUAAUGAAAGGCUCAAGAACCUGAAAGAAAGGGAAAAAUUGUUGGGACAAGUACUGGCUAAAAUAGGACCCCAGGAUCAAGACAGGGUAAGCAAUGUGAUGUCUGAAAUUAAUAUUUUAUGUUAUACAGCAAAUUUAAUUAGCAGAAAAAGAUAUGUUUCCUGCCAAACAGGCCAUAUACAUUUUUCUUUGAUUUUUUUCUGAUUUUUCAUAUCAUUUAUGUCAAAUUAUAUUUGGUCUAAAAUAUUGUUUAAGGGAACGAAAAAAGAGUGUAACACCUCAACUUUAAUAAAAAGAGAUUUCUGAUAAUUUUUUUAAAAAUUUAGGAAAAAGAAGAGAUCAGAAUGCCAUGGGAACAAGCUAUCAAAAUUAUUCAAAUUCAUGAGAGAGCUAGGCAGGGGCGUCUCCGAGCCAAAUUCAUGAGGGAAAUAAGGCAACAGGAAGACAGAGAGAAACAGGCGCAAACACAGGGAGCCCCAACUCUUGAUCCAGAUGUUGCAGCAAUGAGAAUUCAAAAGGUUAGCUGAAACUUACUGAUUUUAUAAUGUUUAUUUAUGAAUUGGUUCUCUUUCUUUACUCCUUAAUGAGAGAAUUAGGCAGUAAAAUUUUUAUAUUUUAGCAAAGAUAGCAGUUCAAAUUUAUUGCAAUUUCCAUCUUUUUAACUCUAAAAUUAAAAAAGAGUUACGCUUGGAUCAAUGCUCCUAAAAGUGUUGAUAUGGGCCAUCACAAGCUAACUGGAAUGGUUAAAAAAUAUAAAAGAUUUAAAAAUAAAGAAAUUAUUAAUAAUUUGGGCAUCUGUCAAUGUGGAAAUGAUGACAAUUUAUAAUGUGUUUCCAACACAAUUAAAAAGUAAGGAAAGUGCUGUCCCGCAUACUGCCAAUGGUUCCCUUAAUAUGCUUAAACAAAGUUAAAUUACAGUUUUCUGUUCCAGCUAAAUGUCAAUACUUAAAACCAUAACUUUUAAAUUUUGAAUUAGGUGUGGAAAGGAUUUGCACAACGCAGAAGGGCAAAGAAAGAACGUGAAGAGGAAAUGAUAUUUAUUGGCAUGGUAAGCUGAAUAAAAAAUCCUGCAGUAUUUUUGACAAAUUCUAAAUAAAUUUUACUCUAACCCAGUUAUUUAAGUACCAGUAAUUAACUUAAUUUAUUUUCUUCUAAGAAAAUACCACUACAUUUCUAUUCAUAUCUAUUUUUCUAAUUGAAUUUUGUGACAGGCUCCUCCACCUUUGCCAUCAAACCCUAAAAAUCUGCCCCAGACUUUUGCUCAAAAGACAGAAGAGCUGCGACGUAAAACCCAAGAUGUACACGAGCAUGAGUUUCAGCAAGCCAUUGUAAAUAUUCGUGAAAAUAUUAUAAAAAAUGAAGGCCCAGACUUGAAAGAAAACAUGAUGGACCAGAUUCGCCAGUGGUUUAUUGAGUGCAGGUAUGUUUUUGAAAUGAAUAAAUCUGAAUUUUUGAAUUAGCUGAUUUAGUUGUUUAAUAACAUUUGUCCCUUUCAUCCUGAGAUACAUCCUAUCCCCCAACAGCUUUGUGUAAGGAGCUUAAUACCGGAAAAUUGAUGAGACACUAUCACCCCUCAUUUUUUGUUCACAAGUUUACUUUCACUUACUUAGCAUUAGUAGGCCUUCAAAUAAUUUCCAGAAUGUUUACUGAAUCAGAAUGUUCCAAAAAAUUUAAUUAUAAGUUAGAUCUAACUUAUUAAGAAACAAAUAUAUUAUAAACACAAACCCUUUAUUUAAAUUAUUAUUGUACAACAAGGAUAAAUCCAAUUGAUGUUUUUGUCAAAAAAAUGCCUGAAAUAAGAAAAAUGAAGGAUAUAAAGGGUAGGGCCUGUUUUUUAAAAUAUAUAAUGGUCACAAUUAUUAUUUAAAAAAUGAUACUGAUAAAAGUUAUAAUUAAUCAGAAAUUUUCUCUGUGAAUAUGUAAUAAAGUAUUAGUGUUUCUUCAAAUGAUGCACAUUAAGUUGAAUUAAUCUUUGUUUACAGAGAUGCCACUGGAAAGUUCCCAGAAUAUCCCAGUGCUGAUGAUGGUGGCUCUGCAAUGAUAUUUAUUGAAAAAGACCCAGCUGAACUCCAAAAGGAGUUGCAAGAAAAGGUGAGCACCCCAGCUUGAUAUUUUGUGUUAAAUCUAGUGAAUUUUAUAUAUUAUAAAUCCAAUGAAACUUGUUUGUCUUUUCCUGAAGAGAUUUCAAGUGUUUUUACUACAUGAUAUUAAAUGCCAAUUGUAUUUUUUAACGUCAUGCUUUUAAAAAUGUUCACAGAAGUUUAGUCCAGCUCAGUAACAUGGUAAAAUAAUUGAUCUUUAUUUGUUAAGCUUUCCUGUUUUUAUUAUGUUCUUGUUUUUAAAUUCAGUAAUUUUUUUUAAACAUUUGUCUUGGUUUUUUUUUUUUAAAUUAAGAUAAAACCUUUGCAAAGAAAUGUUGAAGCAAUAAUAAAUAUUUCUUGAGACAUUUAAAAGAAGAAUGCACAACAGACCAAAUUAUUUUUCAUUUGAUUACUUUAACAUGAAAAAUAAUUUGUAGAAAAUCACUGAUAAAAUUUAUUUUUUUCGGUUGUGUAUGAUUCCUGAUUGUGACAUAAAAAUCACAGUUAACUUUUGAAAUUAAUUUUUUUUUUUGCGGGCAUCCUUCAUACAACUCCAAUGUUGACACUGUGUAAUGGGACUUACCCCAGGAUGUUAACUUAAUAAAAUUCUUUGAAAUUAUCAAAGAUUAGCUAAAGUUAUUCGACAACUUUUUAAACUUUUUAACUAUUUGUUAUUGAUAUUCUCAUUAUCUAAAAUGAUAUUGUAUGUGUGUCUGGCUGUAAUGCUCUGUUAAAUCGGCACACAAAGAAAACUUCCAAAAAAGUGUACCUAUCAUACAAAAUCUAUUUCUAAAUGGGAUUCUUAAAAACAUUAAAAACAUUAAUAGUGUGAUUGUUUUUUAUGGAAAUCAUAUCAAUUUAAUUCUAGCUAAAUAAUUAGGCUCAGACCGAAUUGCCAAUAUAAUCAAUAUAUAAAUUCUGUAAUAUGUAAAUAUUAUUUGUACUCACUAGAAAUAGGUUUAAUAUAAUAAAAUUCUAAAAGGUUAUCACUAAUGGGGAUUCUUAUGGAGUGCGUUAUUUGAAUGUGUCUUAGAUGGGAACUUAUGGAUUGCUACCACCAUUGUUUGGCAGGCUCUUUCUAGUUAUUUAAUACAAAAAUUUUGAUACACAGACUGAGUACAAUCAGACUGAAAAUAUGUUUUAACCUUAUGUUGAAUUAAACAUCAUUAUUAAUUAUUUUAGCUUGAUUCAGAUUGCAAAAAUACAUUUUAUACUGGAAUUUUGAAAUUGGAGAUGCCUAUCAAUUAAAAAAAAACUAUAAAAAACUAUUUAAGUGGCAACAAUAAUUUUAUACAUACUUCAACAUUUGUUUUAAUUAAGUAUACAAUUAAUAUUAAUGUAAUUUAAUUACUACUAUUUGGUAGGAGGAAAACAAGGGAAAGGGUAAAAAAGGAAAGAAAGGUAAAAAAGGAAAGAAAGGUAAAAAAGGAAAAAAGGGCAAGAAAGGAAAGAAAGGGAAAAAAGGCAAGAAGGGAAAGAAAGGAGAUGAUGAGGUAGGUUGCAGUGCUGAACUGAAAUUUUAAAAUAAAAAAUUAUAAUUUCCUCAGAUUGUGCUAUUAUGAUAAAUCAAUGUAUAAAAUAGCUUGAUAUAAUAAAUAUAUUUAAAUAAUGUAAAAGAUAAACUUGUAAUUGGUAUUACUUAGAAUUAUUUUAAAUAGUCUUCUCUAAAAAUUAAAAAAAACUAUCUUCCCUUAGAAUUUGCAAUUUAAAGUAUUUCAUCUAUAACCAUUUUUAGGAAGAAGAAGAAGGCUGGAAAAUGGCACCUUCAAGUUUUGUUCCUGCUGUAAAUGAAGCAACUGACACAUACAGAGGUAAUGAGGUUUGUUAGAGGUAAUGAAGUUUAAUGUUCACUGGUUCCAAUACUCUCUUGGGUCUGCCAUUAAUAAUAGGCAUGUCCAGUCUCUCAGAGAAUGAUUUUAAAACUAUUAUUUAUGAGUCCUUGGACAUUAUUUAAGCUAUUUAUUUAAACAUUUUCAUAAAAUCAUUUCAUUAAUAAUUUUAUAAAAAAAUGUUGUUGUUAAGCAAAAUUUUAAGCUGUUUUUUUACUUGAAUUUAGUGUAACUUUAUUUUUGUAAGCUCUGUCCAUCUUCACUGAAAUAUUAAAUAUAUACGUAUUAGUUUUAUUACAACUUUACAAAAAAAUUAUUAUAAUUAGUAAAAUUGUUUACAGUUUUAAAUUAAAAUCCCAUCUUAUCUUUCUUUUGCCAUUUCUAAUUCCGGGCACUCUUCCAAUCUCUUUUUAAUGUUCUAAAGGUUUUUAUCUUCUUUUUUUAAGUACAGAAGGCUUUCAGGGGAAAGUAAUUUUCUGAGACAGCGAUGAUAAAAAGUAAAUUUUUGUAUGGUUUGCCUCCCCAUGUUUCAACAUGACCUUAUUUUAAUCUAGGUGUUUGGGUUGGCAGAGAUGAGAGUGACAAUUUUGCUCAGAAACAUGAUUCUGAACUGAUCAAAGAGGAGAAAAGGAAGGAAGUCGAGUCCGAGAUUCGUACUCAAGUCGAUGAACUAAUGAGAGCAGAGCUUGCUAACUUAAAAGCUGUAAGAAAAACCAAUAUUUAAAAAAACACAAAAAAAAACCAACCUCUGUCAUUUCAUAAAUGUAUAUCCUUAAUGACUUAUUUAGAUUACUCCAUGUGCUAAUAUGCUUUUAAUAGAUUUAAAGGCCAAAUACUUUAUAAGCAGCUUCUAAAUACAAAAAUUAUGAGACCUUUUUCUUUCUUUUUUUCUUUUCUAUAUACAUUUUUAACUAAUUUAAUAUUUUCACUUCUUUGAAUUUUAGAAUUUAUAAAAAUAAUUUAAUUUCAUUUAGAUGUUAAAUAAAAUGUAUAAUAUCGACUCAAAUCUUAAUUCCUUUCUGCAGGCUGUUGACAGAGAUAAAAAAGGUAAAAAAGGCAAAAAAUCUGGUAAAAAGAAGAAAAAGAAAAAAGGAAAAAAGUCCGGCAAGAAAGGAAAAAAAGGGAAAAAGGGAAAGAAAGGAAAGAAAGAAAAAGAUUUGACACCUGACAGGUGAUAUUAAUAAAAAAUUUUAAAAACUUAUGUAAAUAUUUAACUUUUCAGAUGCAUUAUUAAUGAAUCAUCUUUUUUCUAUUUUUAAUCAUAUUUUUCUACUCAUGUUUAACAAUAAUAUAAUUUGGACACUAGAAAUAAUAAAAUGCAUUAGAUUCCCAUCCCAUUUCUAGAUGCCUAAAAUAAUUCACUUCAGCCCACUAGUCUUGCUCACAAAAUGUGUUUCUUUGACAUCUUGAGCAUUCACUGUAAAUCAAUUUCAGGAAAAGAAAUACAAUUUUGUUUUAAAAUCCAAAUAAACAGCAACAAAAAACUACACAUCCCUUAAGGUAAAGUUUAUACAUUUAUUUUAUGUUCUAAAGAAAUAUUCUAUAAUAUAAAUCUGGAUGCAGGCGACUCAGGAAGACUUUUCAACCAUUCUUAACCCACGAACUGUGGUUGGUCGAAAAAAUCGGCCGACAUUCUCGCUUUGUACUGUGGCGGCCGGAAUUAAAAAUCAGCCGACAUUCUUGUUCUGUACUGUGGCGGCUGGAAUUAUAGCCACUUCCUUUUAUUAAUAAUUAAAUCAUCUUCCGGUUCAAGUUGUUUCGUGGUAAUGGGAAAAUAAAUACUUUUUAAUCGGAGUUUUAUUUCGCUGUUUUUUUUAAAGCUAAAAUGGAUGACGCUAUGGCUGGGCCUCCAGUGCAAGAACUAAUAGAAAGAUGUUUGAAAGCUUUUCAGGAGGGGUUUUAAGUGAUACUGAUGUUGAUUUUAACAUUCCUCAUGACGAUAUCAGUUGAGAUUAUUCUUUUCGUUAAUUUUUUACUAGUUUUAGUGAUACUGAAGUAGGCCUACUGAGGCUACUGUUAGACUUCGAGCCUGGCCCGGAGGUUGGGGAAGGACUGACUGAAUUUUAGUCACAGAAUCUACAGAUUAUAGUUCAGAACUAAUAAAUUUUAUAGUUAAACAAACCAAAUCUGUUUUACAGUUCCUUUUUAAAUGUUUACUAGUCAAUAAUUACUAUUUUGCCUGAGAUUUUGUAUUUUGUACUUGGUUUUAGCAGUGGUCCCCAGUUUCUUAAAUAAAUGACCUAAAAUGACUAAAAUUGCUUUCAGAUGUUUAAUUGCAAUCAAAACCUUAGCAAACUAUACAUUUUCAGAAAGAUAAAUGAAUUGGCUACAACAUUUAGAUUUAUGUUUUAAGUGUAUCUAUAAAAAUUAAUGAUGUUAUGAGCACUUGAAAGCAAGACAUUUUGUCAAUUUUUUUUCUCCUUGAGAAUUCCAAGGUCAAGGACACUGAGCAAAAAUUUUUUACUGGGUGGGCAAUAUGGUCAACUUUAUCCCCAUCUAUUUACCUUUCUAAAAAUAUGUACUUAUUGGGGUAUUGUAUCAAUAUUUCUAUGUCAUUUAAUGCAAUUUCAAAUCUCACCCAAAAUGCUCUGAAAAGCUCCCCACAACAGAAUAAUGCAUGCCACAGUUCGUGGGUUAAAGCAGUCCCCUCUUUAUUGUAAACAUUUUACAUAAUUUCAUUGUGAGUAACUAGGCUCAAGUAAUUUGUAGUCUUACUCCAGAUACUGUUAGAGAAUACCAAUAGUUUUAUUUUGGAAAAUCUCACUUUUGGCAAUAGCAUAGCAUUCAAGGCGAACUCCAAAUCUCAAGUUUUUAAACUAAUUUCUUUAUUUAUUUUCUUAUUGCUUCUUUUUUUUUGGUCCUGUUUGCUGAAGAAGGCUCUUAGCUGAAAUGUCGUCUUUUUAUUGUCCUGUCCUUAUAUCUCAAGCUUCCACUUACCUUGUUCCACUAUUUUCUUCACACGGAACGCAGUCCUUCAUUUUAUUAGAGAGUACCACUGUUUUAAAAGGAUUGAUUUUGUAUUGUGAAUGCUGAUGCAAUUUGUUUAACUACCAGAACCAUAGAAGACCUUUAUGAAGAACUGGUGACACAAGGCAUCAUUGUCAGAUGCCCCCAGGUCAAGCUGAGUGAUUAUGAAGGUGAAUACAGUUACUUGGGCACAACACUGAGGCAGGCCAAUGUUGAACCCAUGCCUUCACUGUCCGAUGUCAGACGGCUUCUCACCGAGUUUGGAAUCCUUCCCCUAGGUAAUUGGGUUGCCAUUUUAAAAUUCUAUUUGUCAUUUUCAUUGAACAUUAAAUGAUCGCCCUAUAAAUUUUCAUUGCAUUGAAAUUUUCUAUAUUUUGUUUACUGGUUAACAGAAUAACAGUUCCAUCGAACUUCUUUGACAUAUAAAUAUGCUAAUGAAGAUAUUUACUCUUGUAAAUGGCUUUUACUUUUGUCUUUGACAAUAUUUCUGUUUUAUUUUCAAUGUUCAAUUACUUUUGAGUAUUUCAAAUAGAUUUCAUAUCUGAAGUCUUCUAAACUUCCUGACCUACAAAUGAUAAUAAUUUAAAUUAUUUUUCUUCACUAUCUAAGGCUCUCCGGCUGUACAUGAAAGUGCUCCUUUGACAAAAUCUAUUUUGCUGGCUGGUCCAAGGGGCACUGGAAAAAAAAUGCUUGUGCAUGCAAUGUGUACUGAAUUGGGUGCCAACCUUUUUGACCUUUCACCUGCUAACCUGGCUGGAAAGUAUCCUGGCAAGGAUGGCCUUAAGAUGCUCAUGCAUCUAAUUUUCAAGGUUUGGGAAAUCUUUGGUUAACUUAUAAUUUAUAAGUUUAUUCACUGUAAGAAUACAUUCUACCUAAUCUGAAAUAUACAUAUAUAAAUAUAUUUAGGUUGGAAGAACUCUACAGCCUUCAGUAUUUUACGUUGGUGAUUGUGAGAAAAUGUUCAAGAAAAAAAUUCCAAAAGGUGAUCCAGUAAGUUCAGAUUAAUUACAAAAUAAAAAUAAUUAAUAUUUUUUUUUUUUAAAGUUACAGUAGUCCUACAAUUUAUUUUAAAAUUUGAAAAUAAAUUGCUAAUUCUUAGCAUGCAGUUAUAAAGCAUUGGCUGUCAAUUAAUAACAAAUUUUAUAAAUUUAUUCUUUGGAGACCAUCUGUCGAUUGACAAUUAUUGUGAACAAUUUCAGACAGAUCCAAAACGAUUAAAGAAAGAACUCCCAAAGGCUCUCAAGGCCAUUAAGUCAGAUGACAGAAUUCUAAUAGUAGGGAGCACCAGGUGUCCAUUUGACGCAGACAUGAAACCUCUCAUUGGAUGUUACCAAAGGGUCAUUUUAAUACCCAGACCUGAUUAUGCUUCCAGACACUGUGAGCAGUUUUGUAUUUGGAACUUUUAAAUAUUCCUAGGAUUAUGCAAACAACUCACUAUUAUCAAUAUUUCAGCAAUAACAGAACAUAACAUAUGCAAAUAAGGAUCAGUACCAUUUAUUUCAGAAUUAUAUAUCCAUGGUGUAUCCCUUGGGUUGGAAUCAAGCUUAACAAAUAACUAGAAAAUACACACUCAAAGACAAAUGAAAGAAAUUGAUAUGCAACCAAUUUCUCUCUAAUAUUACUGAGCCUUUUUCCACCUAUGUGUGCAACAUUUUAAGACUGGAUCUCUCUCCAUGUCAAGUGAUCAGUUUAACCCGUAAAUUCUCCAGAAUACAGAAGAAAAAUUUGUUUUUAUUAUCAUUUAAAUAUUUCAUAAGUUUUUUUAAUUAAUUUUAUUUUUUUUUUUUGUUUGCAACAGUGCUGUGGAGAAAAUUGAUUUUGAAAUUUGGUGGUCAACUGUCCAAUACCCUUGAUGUCAGUUCACUGUCAAAGGUCACUGAUGGUUACACUGCUGGUCAUAUGGUCACAGCCAUUCAACAGGUAAAAUUGAAUGUCCAGAUUAGCAAGUUGAAUGAAGUUUGAUAUUUUUUUUAUCACGAGAUGCCAAGGUUGGUAAGGAUGUUGAUUCUAACAUGUCCGAUGAGUUUGCUCAUGCCUGUCUGUCAAAACAUUCUCCCCAGGUGUUGACUGACAGAAGAAUACAACAGUUAUCAAAGAGACCCCUGCAAGCCAUUGAGUUUUUGGCACCACUGGCUCGGUUGGACCCUAUAUAUAAAGAGGAAGAGGAAGCAUUUAAGGCAAGAAAAUUUGGUGGAAUUAAAUCUAAUCUUCCCGAUGAUCCUUUAUAAAAAUGAUGCUACCUAAUAUCUGUAAUGCAUGUUAAAUAUCCAGGCACAUGUAAAAAAGAACUUUCAAAAGGCUCAUUUUUUUUUUCUUUUUUAAAUCCUUUAUAUUAAUUUUGCUUUUGUUCUUAUGUUUCUGGCUGGCAAAAUUUUCAGACAGCUAAUUGACCCACUUCCUAUCAACCCAUUGAGCUGAAACUUAGUGCAUAAACUCGUGAUAUGAAAUAAUACAAAAUUCAUAUAAAAUAAUGAAGGAUUUAUAUGGAAAACUUUGUCUUUAGGGGUUGUUUAAUUUUAUUGUAAUAAAAUAAAAAUUCUAUUCAACACUGCAGCCUGUUAAAUCAACAUUCAUUUGCUCUACGUAAAUUGUUGCAUUUCAAACCCUGCUAUCUCAGGUUUCGUUACCAUGAGUUGGUUCAAAGGAAUGAUCAUCACAUUAAUUCAUCAUUUUUUUUUAUUAGCAACGUAAUGUCCCCAUAAAUGAUCAGUAUUUGAAAGAUGUUAAAUAUCUAAACAAUUAUUAUUCACAUUGAACAGCACAUGUUGCACAGCAUUAUGUGUGGUGGCAUAGUAUGAACAUACAUAUUUUGUUUAAUAAUGCACACAUUAUCAAGACUUGUGUUCAUUUAUAUUUAGAUCCACCAUGUAAAUUGUGGAACAGGUUUUGAGUUUAAAAGACUAAGUUUUCCUCCAAAUAAUGUUAUUACAGAAGAGUUUUCCAUAGAAAUUUCUUAUUUCUAAAAUGUUCAAUUCCUGAGUUUUUGUGACUCAGAUUCACAGAUACAUAAAAGUUCUCUUUUAUAGUUAAGAUUGUGCAAACUCAUUAACAUGAUUUCAACAAAUCACCAUUUGAAUCUUUCAGAGCUGGUAUAGCAAGACUCCCAUGGGCAAGAAACGAGCAAAGGCAGCUCAAGCUGAUGAAGAGGAUGCAAGUGGGGGCAAGGACAAAAAAGGAAAGAAAGGCGGAAAGAAAGGAGGAAAGAAAGGCAAAAAAGGGAAGAAAGGGAAAAAGAAGAAAAAGUAAACUAAUGUGAAGUCCACCACUUGCCAGAUUGUUUUACUUAACGUAUCCCCGCCAUUGAAAUAUUUGUGUGUCUUCCCUUCCCUGAAUGGACUGCUGACUGAAUAAAGGAAUAAUUAGAUGAAUAAUCUCGCUUAUAAAUCACUCAACCUUUCAAAGUUUAUUUAACCAGCAUUUCCAUGAAAUACAUUUUGACCUGAUUCAUAAACUUACUUUUAGCUUUCCAUCAUGUCGUAUGUGAAUCUGAUUCCUAAUUGUACAUUGUAUCUUUAGGACACAACUCAAAAUUUUGAUCUAUUAAGUAACUAAAGAUUCAAACAAAAUUUUUAAAGAAUUUUUGAUAGAGUAAAUCUAGCAUCAUUAUCUUAAUCAUCCACCACAUCCGUGAGUUUUUUGGGAGAUGUGAGCCAGAGAUUGACACCCAAAGGAAAUUUCAUUUGUACAUUGUGCUUAGGGCCCAAAAAUCAUUGUAUAACUUAUACAAAUAAUGUAUUAGAAAAUGAAUCAAUAACUUUUGUUAUGAUUAAAAAGUAAGUGAGUGACGACAUCCCGUGUGAGCAUUAUUUGAAGAAGUUCUAUCAAAAUAACUGUUCAGAAAUUAUCAUCAAGGCCAUGAGAAAGAUAAAACAAGUAUUUUAUCUACUUCAUGUGAUUUUUUUGUACAGGAACACUUUGACUGUGAUAUUAUUGUAGUUUUUAAAUGUACUUUUUAUGUUUUCUCUUGAGAAUAAUAGGAGGUUCAGGGAGUGUGGGGUGCACCAAAAUUAUAAAAACUUGACUUGAAAAUUUUAAUAUGACCUCUUCACAAUAUUUUGGUAGGCACAACCUAAACUAUUAGGAGACCACUAACUUGAAAGAUUAUGAUAUGGGAACAUUUCAGUAUCUCCUUUCAACUCAAAAGGUUCCUUUUUUUUUCCCAGUGAUGAACUUUCAUAAAAUGAAAAUUUUUCAAUGGAUCUAAUUGUUCUCAUGCAGUUCAAAUAAAUUUUGUUGUUUUUAAUAAUUUUGAAAAAUUUUUGGAUAUUUAAUCUACCAUAUAACGCUCAGUGUGACUGUGUAUGUGUGUUUGUUUGUAGAUGGAUCGAUCCAUUACAAGAAAAGCAAACAAUGGAUCGCAACCAAAUUUGACAUGGUCAUUCCUCCUGACUUAUAGAUGGUUCUUGGAGAGUUUGAUUAUAACCCCUAAUUAUAUUAUUUUCAAUGGCAGCGAGAGAUGUUAACUUAACUUGAACAUCCCUCGUUGCCGUUGAAAAUAAUAUUUUUUUUUAGCUCUUUAACCUCUACAUUUGACGAUUUUUAGAUUACAGCUUUUGUGAUCAGUGGUUAUAAUCAAACUUUCCGGGAAACAUGUAUAAGUCAGGAAGAAUGACCAUGUCAAAUUUCAUAAUAACCUAACUUGAUUAUUGGUGUACACAUUUUUAAUAAGCACAUAUUCAGAAUGGUGAGAUUUCAAACAUCUAUUUGAAAGAAGGUUUUCAGUGUGCUUUUGUUUGAUGCAUGCUUUUGUGUUUAUGCACGUAUUUGAAAUAAAGUUUGAUUCUUUGUCGUUUCAAAAAAUAGUAGGCCUACAAUAGAAUUGUCACAUAGUUCAGGAGCGUGCUAAAAGGUGCUUUGGGGUAACUAGGGUCUUACAGUCUUGGGUGUUCUUUUAUUAAUUGGAUGGGCCAAAAAUUCCAAGUUUACAAUAUUUAUUAUAAAUAA